AUGGCGACCCCCCAUGCUAUCAUGUGCAAGAGUUUCUUCAACCUCGACAAAGAGAUCAUCGUCUAUUUGGAUGGCUGCCAUGACUCGGAUCUACUUUCUAUGGAGAAGCUACAUGAGAAGCUCGAAAUCUUUGAGGGAAUGCGAUUGCAUAUAAUCACCUGUCUUCUUCUCUACCUGCGAACGGGAGCAACUGUACACGCGGAGAAAGCUCUUCACCGGGCAAGACAUUUGAAUACCAUGGCUGGACCGGGAGACAAGGAUGAAGCAGGCAAAAUUCUGGAAACAGCCGUCAUAAUGAAGGAUAACGGCAGAAACUUGGUGCAAAGUCUUACCUUGAACGAAAUCAGGAGACAACUCAAAACUCGUCUUGAAGAGAGUGGACUGCUCACCGCGCCCGCGCCUGGAGUGUAUGCGGCGUGCCAAUGCCUCCAGUCGACGCCUCAAGAUGGCUCUACAUGGGUUCCAUCGUUGCUUGGCUUGGCUGGAGUAUUCAAGAAGCGCUUUGAACAGUCUACACCGAGAGACAUAAGAGACCUGAACCUGGCAAUAAACUUGACCCUUGUAGGAUUGCGGGCAACACCUGAAAACGACGGCCUCUACCGAUCGGAACGGCUCCAAUCACUAUCGGAGCUGUUUUUCGCACGUUUUCGACACACCAGGUCGAUGGACGACUUGGAUCGCACCAUUCAACUCCGAGAGCAGGCGUUGGUCCUCACAUCCUCGACCGACACGGACUGGGUUGUCCAAGCACACAACCUCGGGAACUGCUAUGGCGAGCGCUUCGACAUGAACGGACAUAUUGACAACUUGAAUCGAUGCAUCAUGCUUCUUGAGGCGGCGGCUCGGCGUCAAGAUAUGCAGCUUGAAGGCGACAUUCUAUGCAACCUGGCCUUUAGACUAGUGAGACGAUCUGACCGGACGGGGUCUAUGGACGAUUUGAACAGUGCGGUCGCUGCUGGCGAGAGAUCAACGAAUCUGAGUGUGCAAGGUCAUGACCGGACCGAGCGAAUAAUAUGUCUCGCAGCUUGUCUAUCCAGGCGGUUCGAACGAGGAGGAUCGAUGAAAGACCUCGACCGUGGCGUGCAACUCUUGCGCAACGCGGUCAGCCUGAUGCCUACGGACUACCCACAUCGUGGCCAGACACUCAAUAACCUUGGGGCAAUGCUAGGCCUCAAGCAUGGAAUGACAAAAUCAGCGGCAGAUCUGGACGAUGCCAUCGAAGCCACCGGUAAAGCACUAGAAGCUCUUCCAUCGGAUCAUCCCCUUCGAGUUCUAGCCUUGAGUAACCUGCACUCGCAUUGGAUCAUCUCCAACAGGGCUUGGACUGUCCAAACCACUCGUCCUACAACUCAGGCUACUCUGGCUCCAAGGUCCGUGGAGCCUCUUCCUCUUCUUAGCCCCAAGUCUUUACAGCAUCUAGACAAGCAACACGAGCUCAAGCACUUCCAGGGCCUCUCGUCAAGGGCUGCUUCAGCCGCCCUCAAUCCCAAUCUCGGUCCAUUUCACGCGCUGCAGCUUCUUGAAUCUGGGCGUAACAUAAUUUCGACCACGAUGAUGGAGGUUCGGACCGACGUCUCGGUUCUUGAACAACAGCACCCGGACCUCGCGAAAGAAUUCUGCAGUCUGCAGGACGUGUUUGACACACCAGACGGCAUGGCUGGAGUUUCUGGCACUUGGAGCAACAGAAACCAGGGAAAGCUCGGAUCAGGAAGUCGUAUGAAGGCAGAUGGAGGUCUUCGGGACGUUCUUGGCAAGAUGCGUCUUUGCCAAGGGUUCGAGCGCUUCGUUCUGCCGCCGACCGAGGACGAAAUCAAGGCUGCCGCAAAUCCCGAUCCCAUAGCUGUGAUGAAUGCCACCGCACAUCACUCCGACGCGAUCCUCAUCACAUAA